AAUCUAGAGAAUGCUGUGUCUCUUUGGGGAGUCAUUCUGAUCAUGUAUUCAAAAGGGAGAAACUAGAGGAUGAUGCCGUAAGCAGGAGGACUGAAAUAGGGAUAACUUCCAGAACUUUCUCCUCUUCUCUGGGAAGUGGAAAUCUAAGAAAUAAGUGGUAACAGUUAAAUAUGACCACCUAAUUAAAGAGUGGGAAAGAGAGAAGACAUUUUAUGGAUUCAGUUAGGAACCAAAUGUAUCCUGGAGGCUUUUGCAAAGGAAGUGGAAAUUCAGGAUUGUCCUGGUGAACACAGGGUUUUUGGAUGUCUAAGAUAAGAAGAUCAGUCAAAACUUUCCUUAAAAUGGGAGGAAGGGGGCUUCCCUGGUGGCGCAGUGGUUGAGAAUCUGCCUGCCAAUGCAGGGGACGUGGGUUCAAGCCCUGGUCUGGGAAGAUCCCACAUGCCACGGAGCAACUAGGCCCGUGAGCCACAACUACUGAGCCUGCGCGUCUGGAGCCUGUGCUCCGCAACAAGAGAGGCCGCUAUAGUGAGAUGCCCGCGCACCGCGAUGAAGAGUGGCCCCUGCUCGCUGCAACUGGAGAAAGCCCUCACACAGAAACGAAGACCCAACACAGCCAUAAUGCCUUGUCUGAGUGUCCACAUUGAACCUGAAGAAGGCAGCCUCGCAGGAGGAACGUGGAUCACUGUCAUUUUUGACGGUUUGGAGCCAGGUCUCCUUUAUCCUGCCAACGGCUCUCAGCUGGAGAUCCACCUGGUGAAUGUGGCUGUACCCAUGCUGCCCAUCAUACCCUGUGACAUCUCUCCUGUCCUCCUGGAUUUGCCGAUAGUGAUGUGUAGGACCAGAUCUCUUCUGUCCGAAGCACAUGAAGGUCUGUAUUACCUGGAAGUGCAGGCUGGGGGACAGGUCGUAGGCAGCCCAAGUUCAGGACCACGAGACAGCUGCACUUUCAAGUUUUCCAGGGCACAGACACCCAUUGUUUACCAAGUUAAUCCACCAAGUGGAGUUCCAGGAAACCUUAUACAUGUGUAUGGCUGGAUUAUCACCGGAAGGUCGGAAACCUUUGAUUUUGAUGCCGAGUACGUUCAUAGCCCAUUGAUGUUGGAAGCUCAGGGAGACAAAUGGGUCACUCCUUGUUCUCUUGUAAACAGACAGACAGGAUGCCGCUAUCCUAUUCAGGAAGACCACGGUCUUGGGACUCUGCAGUGCCGUGUGGAAGGCAACUACAUUGGCUCCCAGAAUGUUAGUUUCUCAGUAUUUAACAAAGGAAAGUCAAUGGUACACAAGGAUGCAUGGCUGGUCAGUGCUAAGCAGGACCUUUUCUUGUACCAGACGUAUUCAGAAAUACUAUCUGUGUUUCCAGAAACUGGGAGCCUUGGGGGAAGAACAGACAUCACAAUUACAGGGGACUUCUUUGACAAUCCUGCCCAGGUUACCAUUGCAGGCAUCCUGUGUGAUAUUAGACACGUGUCUCCCAGGAGGAUUGAGUGCACCACCAGAGCUCCAGGUAAAGGUGCAAGACUCUCUGCUCCUCAGGCAGGCAAUCGAGGGCUUCUCUUUGAAGUUGGAGACGCGGCUGAGGGCUUGGAUCUGACAGAAGCCACCCCUGGGUACAGAUGGCAGAUUGUCCCUAAUGCCAGCUCUCCGUUUGGAUUUUGGUCAAAGGAAGGGCAACCUUUCAGAGCGCGGCUCAGUGGGUUCUUUGUGGCCCCAGAGACAAAUAAUUACACUUUCUGGAUCCAGGCUGACAACCAGGCUUCCCUGUAUUUCAGUCAGUCGGAGGACCCGAGGACCAAGGUGAAAGUGGCCUCCAUCACAGUGGGCACUGCUGACUGGUUUGACUCCUGGGAGCAGAAUGGGAGUGAAGAGACCUGGCAACAGAAGAGCCCCAAGCUGGAGCUGCUCGGGGGAGCUAGGUACUACCUGGAAGCAGAGCAUCGAGGGAGAGCCCCCAGCAGCGGGCUGAGAAUUGGUGUCCAGAUCCAUAACACCUGGCUGAAUCCCGAGGUGGUCAGCACGUACCUCCGGGAGAAGCAUCAGAUCCAAGCCCGGGCCCAGAGACUUCCGGAAAUCCAGAUGCUGAUGGUGUCUGGCACAGGGAACUUCUUCCUUACCUGGGACAAUGUCUCUAGCCAGCCAAUCCCUGCAAAUGCCACGGCCCAUCAGAUUCAAGCAGCCCUUGAGGAGUUACUUGCAGUUAAAUGCAAACUGGAACCCCUUUCAGCGAACAUCCUACUCCGGCUGGGAUUCGAACAAGGCCUAGAAAGUUCCAGCUCUGAUGGGCACCUCACCAGUGGGACAGAGCCCUUCUGUGGGAGGUUCAGCUUCCAUCAGCCUCGACACCUUGUCCUGACACCCCCGGCUGCCCAGAAGGGCAACCGGCUAGAUCAGUACACACAUCUGUGCCUUGCAUACAAAGGCCACGUGAACACGAUCCUGACGGUGACAGUGUCCUUCACAAUUGGCUUUCAAAACACCGUUAAGAAGAACGUCACCUGUGACUGGAGUCUCGCGGGGGCCAGCCCUAACAGCUGGCAGUUCACCUGCACCGACCUCUGGAAGACAUGUGUGCUUCACUCCGUGCAUCUCCAGCCACCUCCCGUGAACUCCCCGGUGCUGGUUCAUCAGGUUGAUCUCCUCCCUUUGUCUCCGGAGAUGGGCGUGUUCUAUGUGGAUGAGAUUAUUAUUGCAGACACAAACCUAACAGUUUCUCAGGCUGCCUCUGGAACAGCUCGCCCUGGCGGGAAUCUGCUGGAAUUGCUCUCUGUGGUGGGAUCCCCUCCCGUCUACAGUGUGACCUCCUGGUUGGCAGGGUGUGGCUUGGAGCUCCCGCUCAUCACUGCAAGCUCUGUGCCCACUGGAGGAGCAGAAGAAGGAUCCGGGUUGGUCCAGGUGACAACACAGAGGCUACAGAGGACAAGUCCACCUUUAGGAGGACACUUUCGCAUCCAGCUUUCUAACACAGUGAUUCCUGCUGUCCCUGUGCACAUCUCAGCUAGUCACCUCCAAAAGCUCUUACAAACCAACGCUGAUGACUUCACAUCUAGGUACCUCAAUGUCAAUGACUUCACUGUGACGGAGGAUCUAAAGUCUUGCUAUGAACAUGUGUGGACUCUCUCCUGGUCCAACCAGGUUGGGGACUUGCCCAGCUUUAUAAGGGUAUCUGAUGAAAACCUAACGGGAGUGAACCCUGCUGUAACCACUCAUGUGGUAUAUGAUGGUGGAGUCUUCCUUGGACCCAUAUUUGGAGACAUGUUGGUCACUGCCAACCAGUACACUCAGGUGGUUGUGCGAGUGAAUGACAUACCAGCUCAUUGUUCAGGUUCCUGUUCCUUCCAAUACCUUGAGGGGUCAACUCCCCGGGUCCACUCUGUGUGGUAUGCCCUCGAUGACAUUGACCUACUGGUCUAUAUUACUGGAAAUAGUUUCUCUGGUGACUCCGAGGCCUUGCAGGUUACAGUGAACAAAACAAGUUGCAAAGUUAUUUUCUCAAACCAAACGAAUGUGGUGUGUCAGACAGGCCUGCUGCCCGUUGGAAUGCAUCAGAUUUCAGUGUUGGUGAGACCCUCUGGUCUUGCUGUCAAUGCCAGUGGAGGAGGCCUCUUCCUAAACGUGGAGCCCAGACUGGAUGCUGUGGAGCCUUCCAGAGCUGCAGACAUUGGAGGGCUCUGGGCCACCAUCCGAGGCUCUAGUUUGGAAGACGUUAGCCUGGUUUUAUUUGGAUCCCAGUUUUGUGCCAUUAAUGUCACCACAAGCAAUUCACGAAGAAUUCAAUGCAAAGUUCCACCCAAGGGGGAAGAUGGACCUACAGUGAAUGUGACUGUGAUCAGAGGGGACCAUUCUGUGGUUCUUCCCAUGGCAUUUACUUACGUCUCCUCUUUAAAUCCAGUAAUCGUGUCUCUCAGCAGAAACAGAAGCAACAUAGCAGGAGGUGAGACACUUUCCAUUGGAAUGGCACUGCCAAUGAACCACACGGAUUUGGAUGCCCAAGUCCACAUUGGGGACACCACAGCUCGGGUCCGAGCGCAGGCAGCUCAGGGCCUGGAGGUGGUGCUGCCCCCGCUGCCUGCUGGGCUCCACGGAAUCUCAGUCUCCAUCAAUGGGGUCCACAUUCACGCACAAGGUGUGGAUCUUCACAUCCAGUACAUCACAGAAGUCUUCAGCAUCCAGCCUUGCUGUGGGUCCCUUCUGGGUGGAACCAUCCUCAGCAUCUCAGGAAGAGGGUUCAGCAGGGACCCAGCUUUGGUUUGGGUGCUCGUGGGCAAUCGGUCCUGUGACAUUGUGAACUCAACGGAGAUGAACAUCUGGUGUGAGACCCCGCCAGCCCCCCUGCCGCCUGGUGCCCCAGCCCCUGUGGAAGUCUGGGCUGGCAGCCAGCCCUUCCCCCACCAACCUUUGCCAAGCCUGCUGGGGAAGGGCUUCACCUUCACAUAUGAAAUGGCAGCAACCCCGGUGGUCACAGCCACGCGAGGAGAAAUCAGAAAUCACAGCCUGAGGCUCUACGUGGAAGGGCAGAAUCUCUCCAACUCAGAGGUCCUUCUGGGGAACUUGAGCUGUGAUGUUGAGACCCAGUCUCCCAGUAGCAACACAAGCCUGUCUGGGUGCACUUUUCCUCUUCACAGUUUGGAGGCGGGCAUCUAUCCUCUCCAAGUACGUCAGAGGCAGAUGGGGUUUGCUGACAUGUCCGCGGUGCCCCAGCAAUUUGUGGUGUUGCCUCAGAUAACAGCCAUUUCCCCAACACUUGGGUCCACUUGUGGAGGGACAGUACUCACGGUGAGGGGCUCGGCUCUCAACUCCAGCAGGAGGUCAGUUCAGGUUGACAUUUCAGGUCCUUUCACUUGUGUGAUUUUGAGUUUGGGGGACCAGAUGGUCCUCUGUCGGAUUACCCCGGCGGGUAACCCCUUGCCUGGCACUUCCUUCACCCUGAAUGUCACUGUCCUGGUUAAUGGGCUGCCCAGCGCCUGUCAGGGGAAUUGCACUCUUUUCUUGUGUGAAGAGACAACUCCUGUCGUGGACGCCUGGACCACGACCAUCAGUGGGUCUCUGACCACAGUGCUGAUUAGGGGUCAGAGGUUAGGUACUGCGGCUGAUGAACCAAUGGUGUUUGUGGAUGAUCGCCUUCCUUGCACUGUGACUUUCUUUAAUACAAGCCACGUGGCAUGCUGGAUCAGUGACUUGGCCCCAGGACCCCACUACCUAUCGGUUUUUCAUACAAGAUAUGGGUAUGCUUGCUCUGGUUACGUUUACAGACACUUCCACAUUUUGCCUCAAGUGUUUCAUUAUUUCCCCAAGAAUUUCAGCCUCCAUGGUGGAAGCCUCUUGACCUUGGAGGGUGCAGCCCUGAGGGGACGGAACUCCACGUUAGUCUACGUUGGCCAGCAGGCCUGCCUGACUGUGAACCUCAGCUCUGAGCUCAUCCAGUGCUCUGUUCCUGCAGGGAAUGGCUCCGUUGCCCUGGACAUAGAGGUAGAUGGACUUUCUUACCAGGUGGGCGUCAUUGGUUACAGCGAUGCCUUCACCCCCGAAUUGCUCUCAGUUUCUCAGACUGAUGACGUCUUAACGUUUUUGGUGGCCGGGAUCUCAGGAGCUGUGAACGUUGACAUUUUUAUCGGGAUGUUCCCCUGUGUGGGUGUCUCUGGCAACCGUACCCUUCUCCAAUGUGUGGUCCCAUCCCUUCCUGCCGGGGAGUACCAAGUCAGAGGUUAUGACCGCCUGAGAGGGUGGGCUUCAUCUAUCCUGGUGUUCACGUCCAGAGUGACCGUUACAGCAGUGACCGAGAACUUCGGCUGCCUGGGUGGAAGGCUUGUGCAUGUGUUUGGAGCAGGAUUUUCUCCCGAGAACAUCUCAGCUGCCGUGUGUGGUGCUCCCUGCCAGGUCCUGGCUAACGCGACAGUGUCUGCCUUCAGCUGCUUGGUUCUGCCCCUGGAUGUGUCCUUGGCUUUCCUGUGUGGCCUGAGGCCUGAGGAGGAGAACUGUGAGACCUCUGGCUGCAGCUACGUGCAGUGUGAUUUGACUGUCGCUGUGGGGACAGAGAGCCUGCCCGAAUCAUGGCCUUAUUUCUACACCUGUGAAGAGAGUUCCCGAUGCAUCUGUGCACAAGAUCUUUGGACAGAGUUCGUCUUUCCAUCUUUCUCAGGCCUCUUCAUCAGCCCUAAAGUGGAAAGAGAUGAAGUUCUCAUCUAUAAUAGCUCCUGUACCAUUACCAUGGAAACUGAGGCAAAGAUGGAGUGUGAGACGCCUAAUCAGCCAAUUACCGCCAAGAUUACUGAGAUACAGAAAAGCUGGGGCCAGAACACUCAGGGCAACUUUCCCUUUCAGUUCUGCCGGAGGUGGUCCAGGGCUCACAGCUGGUUUCCCGAGAGACUGCCACAAGAGGGCGACAACGUCACGGUAGAGAAAGGCCAGCUGCUCCUGUUGGACACCAACACCAGCAUCCUCAACUUCCUGCACGUAAAAGGAGGAAAGCUGAUUUUCCUGGACCCAGGACCCGUGGAGCUCAGAGCGCACUCUAUCCUUGUUUCUGAUGGUGGAGAGCUAAGGAUUGGGUCCGAGGACAAGCCCUUCCAAGGCAAAGCUCAGAUCAAACUCUACGGGAGUUCCCACUCUACCCCCUUCUUUCCGUAUGGAGUCAAGUUCCUGGCUGUGAGGAAUGGAACUCUUUCCCUGCAUGGUUCACUCCCAGAAGUAGUGGUCACCCAUCUUCGAGCAGCUGCCUAUGCCCGUGACACAGUGUUGGCUCUGGAAGAUGCUGUGGACUGGCACGCGGGGGAUGAAGUCAUUGUCAUCAGUGGGAUGGGUGCAGAAGGCACCAAGCCCUUGGAAGAGAUUGUCAUUGUGGAGACUGCGCAGAAUACAGACCUCCAUCUGAGGUCGCCCUUGAGAUAUUCUCACAACUCCACAGAGAACUGGGUGGCUGGAGAGCUCCAUGUUUUAAAGGUCAUGGUGGUUCUCCUCAGCAGGAGUGUUACCAUACAGGGAAAUCUCACUGAUGAGAGGGUGCAGCUCCUUGCUUCAUGCCAGAGGGCCAGUGCUUCAGAAGGUGAUUUGCAGAACUGUUUGUAUUUCAAGAGUGAGAAGAUGCUGGGAUCCAGGGAUCUGGGGGCCAGAGUCAUCAUUCAGUCUUUUCCGAAGGAGCCCAGCUGGGUCCAGUUGAAGGGAGUGCAGUUCCGGGACUUGGGGCAAGCCUUCUGUAAGCAUGCGAGCUCGCUGACUCUGGUGGGAUCUCUGAGAGGUUCCUACAUGCAGGGCUGUACCGUGUGGCGAUCUUUCAGCAGAGGCCUCAGCAUGGCCAGGACCUUGGGCCUGAAGGUGGACAGUAACGUGUUCUACGAUAUUUUAGGCCACACGCUGCUGGUGGGUGCAUCCCCUGAGAUAAGGUAUAUCCCUUGGGAGGUUAUUCCUGGAAGAGAAAAUGACUGGUCAGAACAGGGGAAUAUAAUAAGAAACAAUGUGAUCAUCAGUGUUUCUGGCGCCGAGGGACUUUCCAGCACUGAAAUGGUGACACCCUCUGGUAUCUACAUCCGCGAUCCCACCAAUGUUAUAGAGGGAAAUAGGGUGUGUGCUGCUGGCUAUGGCUACUUUUUUCACCUUGUGACCAACCAAACAUCGCAAGCUCCACUUCUCUCCUUUACCCGGAACAGUGCACAUGCUUGUACGAGGUGUGGCCUCUUUGUAUACCCUAAGUUUCAGCCAACUUGGAAUAAUGGCACUGGUCCCACCCUGUUCCAAAAUUUCACGGUUUGGGGAAGUGCAGGUGGUGCCCAAAUUUUUAGAAGUAGCAAUCUUCACCUGAAAAACUUCCAGGUUUAUGCAUGCAGAGAUUUUGGAAUUGACAUCUUGGAAAGUGAUGCAAAUACUUCAGUUACUGACAGCUUAUUACUUGCUCAUUUUGCCCCCAAGGGAAGCCUGUGUAUGUCAGCUGGGAUCAAAACUCCCAAAAGGUGGGAACUGAUAGUGUCUAACACAACCUUUGUGAAUUUUGAUCUCAUUGACUGUGUGGCCAUCAGGACCUGUUCAGGCUGUUUCCGAGGACAGGGUGGAUUUACUGUCAAGACCAACCAGUUGAAGUUUACAAACUCUCCAAACUUGGUAGCAUUUCCAUUUCCUCAUGCAGCAAUUUUGGAAGACUUGGAUGGGUCUCUGUCCGGGAAAAAUAGAAGUCACGUUCUUGCUUCUAUGGAAACCCUUCCAGCUUCUUGUUUGGUCAAGGCCAGCUUCAGUCAGCUUGUCCAUGGAAGUGUCUGUGAGGAAAAUGUUCUCUUUCAUCGUAUGUCUAUUGGUUUAGCCAAUGCCCCAAAAGUUUCUUAUGAUUUAACCAUAACGGACAGCAGAAAUAAGACAACCACUGUCAGUUAUGUGCAUGACACACUGUCUAACCCUUAUGGCUGGAUGGCGCUGCUCUUGGAUCAAGAGACCUACUCACUGCGAUUUGAGAGCCCUUGGACCAACAGCUCUCUGCAGUACUCAGCGACAUUUGAGAACUUUGCUCCUGGGAAUUACCUGCUGCUGGUGCACACAGACCUGUGGCCUUACCCUGACAUCCUCAUAACGUGCGGGAGUCAAGCGGGGCGGUCCCUUCCGUCUCUUCCAUCACCUGGUCGGGACCAGGGCUGUGACUGGUUCUUCCACAGCCAGUUGAGACAACUCACCUAUCUGGUUUCAGGUGAAGGCCAAGUUCAAGUAAUUCUCCAGGUGAGGGAAGGUGUGGCGCCAACUAUUUCAGCUUCUUCCUCUGCACCUGAGUCAGUUUUAAAAUGGUCCCUCCCUGAAGCAUGGGAAGGCAUGGAGGAGGGCUGGGGAGGACACAGCGGUACCAUUCCAGGCCCUGGGGAUGACGUCCUGAUUUUACCCAACAGGACUGUCCUUGUGGAUACAGAUCUUCCGUCCCUCAGAGGCCUCUAUGUGAUGGGGACUCUAGAAUUCCCUGUGGACAGAAGCAACGUUCUGAGCAUGGCGUGCAUGCUCAUUGCAGGCGGGGAACUGAGAGUUGGACAAGUUCCUCGAAGAAGACUUACUGCAGCAAGAGGUACUUUAGAAAAUCCCUUAGAAAAAGAAAAAAAGCUUCUGAUUCUCCUUAGAGCUUCAGAGGGAGUCUUUUGUGACCGUUUCAUCGGAAUUCGUAUUGACCCAGGAACAAUUGGGGUGUUUGGGAAAGUUCAGCUUCAUAGUGCUUAUCCUAAGAAAUCCUGGACACAUCUUGGGGCUGACAUUGCCUCAGGCAAUGAGAGAAUUAUAGUAGAGAACACAGUGGAUUGGCGACCCCAAGACAAGAUUGUCCUUAGCUCCUCUUCAUACGAGCCUCACGAAGCAGAGGUCCUCACUGUGAAAGAAGUCAGGGGCCACCAUAUUAGCAUCCAAGAACGGCUCAGACACCGGCACAUCGGAAGUGUCCACGUCAUGGAGGAUGGCCGACACAUUCGUUUGGCUUCAGAGGUUGGACUUCUGACCCGAAACAUACAAAUCCAGGGUGAUACAUCAUGCGGGGGGAGACUACUUGUGGGGUCCUUCAGGAAGUCCAGCGUGGAAGAAUUUUCAGGUAUCCUUCAACUUUUCAACGUGGAAAUUCAGAACUUUGGUUCACCACUGUAUUCCUCCAUCGAGCUCAUUGAUAUGUCGUCAGGAUCCAGGAUAAUAUCUUGUACUCUGCACCAAAGCUGUGGUGGGGGCAUUCGUGCAGCUGCCAGUCAGGGGAUCGUUUUAAAUGACAAUGUAGUGUUUAGCACAGCUGGCCAUGGCAUUGAUUUGGAGGGUCAGGGCUAUUCUCUCUCUAAUAACCUUGUGGUUCUGAUGACACAGUCAGCGUGGUCUCCCGUUUGGGUGGCAGGAAUCAAAGUGAAUCAGGCAAAGGACAUCCAUCUCCAUGGCAACGUUGUGGCAGGAUCCGAGAGACUUGGCUUUCACAUCCGAGGCUACAGGUGCUCCUCUCCUGAAGCUCUUUGGUCUGACAAUGUGGUCCAUUCAAGUCUUCACGGCCUUCAUCUCUAUAAGGAGACUGGACUUGACAACUGUACCAAUAUCUCUGGCUUCUUGGCUUUCAAGAACUUUGACUAUGGCGCCAUGCUCCAUGUGGAGAAUGGCAUGGAAAUAGAGAACCUCACUCUGGUGGACAAUACUAUCGGCCUUUUGGCAGUAGUUUAUGUGUCUUCUGCUCCACAGUGUUAUAGUGAAAAUCUACAGAUUGUGGUUAGGAAUUCAGUCAUCGUGGCCACUAGCUCAUCUUUUGACUGCAUUCAGGACAGAGUUAAGCCUCGUUCUGCCAACGUGACAUCACCUGAUCGAGCUCCUUCCAAUCCCAGAGGGGGUCGAGUUGGUAUUUUGUGGCCUGUAUUCACCUCGGAACCAAAUCGGUGGCCUCAGGAGCCAUGGCACAAAGUGAGGAAUGGCCAUUUAAUUUCAGGCAUCAUGAAACUUCAAGAUGUGACCUUUUCUAGUUUUGUGAAGAGUUGCUAUAGCGAUGAUCUAGAUGUCUGCAUUCUGUCCAAUGCAGAGAACACUGGAAUCGUGCCUCUAAUAACGGCAGAGAGGACCAGGAUGCUAAAUAUCAAAGAUAAAAACAAGUUCUACUUUCCUCCUUUACAAACCAGGAAAGAUUUAGGAAUGCUGGUCUGCUCUGAAUCUGAUUGUGAAAGUCCUAGAAAAUAUCUCUUUAAGGAUCUGGAUGGGAGAGCCCUGGGUCUGCCUCCACCAGUUUCUGUAUUUCCUAAAAUUGAAGCAGAAUGGACUGGAUCCUUCUUCAACACAGGCACAUUUAGAGAAGAGCAGAAAUGCACAUACCGAUCGCUGAUACAAGGCUACAUCUGCAAACAGACUGACCAAGUGAUCUUAAUUCUUGACAGUGCUGAUGCCACUUGGACAAUGCAAAAGUUAUAUCCAGUUGUAUCUGUGACUAGUGGUUUUGUUGACACCUUUAGUAGCGUAAACGCCAAUACUCCCUGCUCCACUUCAGGGUCUGUAUCUGCUUUCUAUUCCAUUUUACCCACCAAGGAAAUCACCAAGGUCUGCUUUGUGGAUCAGACUCCUCAAGUUUUGCGUUUUUUUCUAUUGGGGAACAAAAGUACCUCCAAGCUCCUCUUGGCUGUAUUCUACCAUGAACUCCAGAGCCCGAGUGUUUUCUUAGGGGAAAGAUUCAUUACACCUACUCAGGUUCAAUCAACUUCCUCACUGCUGAAUGGGUCUAUUGGUGCCAACUAUUUCAGCAUCAUGGAUAACCUCUUGUAUGUUGUCCUACAAGGAGAGGAGCCCAUUGAAAUACGCUCAGGUGUUUCCAUUCAUUUGGCCCUCACUGUGAUGUUUUCAGUUCUAGAAAAAGGCUGGGAAAUGAUGACCCUUGAAAGACUAACUGACUUCUUGCAGGUUAGCCAAGACCAAAUCAGAUUUAUUCAUGAGAUGCCUGGCAGUGAAGCAACCUUAAAGGCCAUGGCUGACCAUAGAGCAAAGAGAAAGCGCAAUUGCCCAACUGUGACUUGUGCCAGUCAUGAUAGAGUUGGUCAACGUAGACUUCUCAUGAUGGAAAUGAGCUCAUAUAGAGUCCUACCGCCCACCACUAUGGAAACUAUCUCAAAAGUGAUGGUCGUUGAAAUUGGUGAUCUGCCAGCAGUAAGGAACACUGGAGUAAUUCCAUCCUUAUCAAGUAACAGAUUACAGACUUUGGCUCACCAGGUUAUCACUGCUCAACAGACUGGAGUACUAGAGAAUGUUCUGAAUAUGACUAUUGGGGCCUUACUAGUGACUCAGUCAAAGGGAGUCAUCAGCUAUGGAAAUACAAGCAAUUUCGCAACUGGGAACUUGAUAUAUAUUCGGCCCUAUGGUCUUUCAGUCCUAGUCCAGCCUUCAGAUGGAGAAGUGGGAAAAGAACUUACAGUACAGCCACAGCUCGUUUUUCUGGAUAAGCAGGUACCUUGUGCACAGAUAACUUCACAAAAUUCUCUUCUGAGUCCAACUUUUCCCUUUAUUUCCUGUUUCCAGAAUCGGAGAGUAGAGUCGUUGGGACCCCCGUCAGAGCCUUGGGUCAUUUCUGUUUCUCUGGAAGGGACAUCAGAUUCCAUGCUGAGAGGAUGUACUCAGGCAGAAACUCAAGAUGGUUAUGUGAGGUUCUCCAACUUGGCAGUUUUGAUCUCUGGGUCAAAUUGGCACUUUAUUUUUACUGUCACUUCCCCUCCAGGGGUCAAUUUUACAGCUCGCUCCAGGCUGUUUGCUGUCUUACCUGCAACUCCAUCUGAGAGGCCCACCAUCAUCCUGGCUGCUUCCCUGUGCUCAGGGGUCUCGUGGCUUGCUCUGUGCUGCCUCGUAUGCUGUUGGUUUAAGAAAAGCAAAAGCAGAAAAAUAAAAAGUGAAGAGAUUUCUGAAUCCCAGACUAAUGAUCAAAAGACUCAUAGCCACGUCUCACCCAAACGCCAAGGAUCACAAGUAGAGACUGAAAAAGAAGGCACCACGAUGGCAGAAGAUUUGAGGAUGAAGGUCAUGCUGGGCAAGCUGAACCAGCUCCCCCAUCAGUCACUGAAUGGUGUGUCCAGAAGGAAGGUAAGCCGCCGUGCAGUCCAAGAGGAAGGUGGCAGCCGAGAAGAGGCUGAGGCCGCGGUGCCUGCUCCCAGCAUUACCAGUGUCGCAUCACAGGGGAACACCUGUGCUUUGGGCUCUCCUGCUCAGCAGGUGGACCUGCAGGAGACUGGGAGCUGGAAGGAGGCCCAGGAGCAGGUGCUCCGAUACCAGCUGUCAGGCCAAGAUCAGCUGCUGCUGCCCUGCCCAGACCUCAGACGAGAGACGCAGCGACUGCAGGGCCGGAGUCGCCUGGGCAAGGAGCAUGUCAGCCUGGGGCUGUCCCAGGAGAAGCCAGCCUCCUGCGGUGCCACCGAGGCAUUCUGCCUCCAUUCAGUACGUCCGGAGGCUGUUCAGGAGCAGCUGUGAUCAAGGAGUAGUGAGGGCAUCUGGGCUGAAAGUCAUAAUGUUCAAAAUAUAUCUGGAUCAUGAUGAGCAGGGGAGAUGAGGCCUGACCAGUCUGGACACUAAGAAGGGAGAAUAUAGACUCUGAAUUCUCUGUUUUCAACUUUAAAGUGGAAGACAGUCAUAUAAAUGAAUGUACAUUGAAAUGGUAUCUGAUACAUCUUUUGUAUUUAUCACGAAUCCUAGUCCAAUGUCAGGCAAAUAAUAGGUUCCCAAAUACUAGAUAAUUUUUUACUUGUUUUUAGCUUAAGCUGGUUAUCUUUCUGAUUUACCAAUUUUAAUAACGGUGUAAUGCUGAUUUAUACCAGUAGGGGGUGGUAUUAAGCUUCCUCUAGGAUGAUCACCCACAAAGCUUUGGGCUUCUCUUAUUGAAGGGAUCAUGAAAAAGUCUGGUCUGCUACAGCUAUUUCUGCAGUGUUGAAGCAAAACAUUUCUUUUUCCUAUGGGAAUAUUUGAAGGACAGGAGAAGACCCCGCUCCCUGGUCUGUCAGCCUUACCUGGCAACCACCUGGUUUUUCACAAGAUGAUUUUAUUUCAUGGCUUGAAUUCAAUCAUUAUUAGGAGCCCACAGUUGAGCAAACAUACCAAGCUUGCACCUCAUGAGUACUGACACAUGGAAAUUGAGAUUCUCUUGGGCUUUGCUGAGAUUUUAGUUGAGGACAAAAUAUAAAAAUAGCAAGUUUGGGUAAGGAAAUUGUCCAUGGACCACAGUUAUGUUUUUCAAUAGUUCUUUCUGUUAAUAACUGAGUCAAAUUUACAAGUGGAAAAAAACUGUAGUGGGAGACUAGAGAUGACCAAGUGGCCAAGUGGAUUAUCAGCUAACUUAAUUAUUAGAAAACUGCUUUUUUGGAGAAGAUAGUGCAUGGGAGAGAUUAUAUCAUGUGCAGCCUCUCUAGGCUGUGUGCUAGGGGUUCAGAUGGAGACCAGAGCAGAGGGUUAGCUAUGCUGAUAAGUUGAGUAAGGAUAUGAAAGGCAGUUUCACCCAAUUCACACAUUUGCAGAGGGCCCAUCUGUGUCCAAACUAACUGAUACUUUAAGCAGCCUGUGUCCUUGGCUGUGGAUCCAGAAGGUCUUAUGCACCAAGGGAGUAAAGCCAAGACUGCAAAGGUGAAGAAAAUAUCUAGAAAGAACUUGCUCUGAGCUUUUCCCUAAAUCGAAACCAGGAUUUUCCAAUCUCUGAAAGAUGAAGGGGCUGUCCUAUGUUUGAAUUAGAGCAGAGGAAGGAAACACACUCUAUCAUGGCAGAAUUUUAAACAAUGAUGUCCUGGAAUUAGCCCUGGAGGAGGUAUUAAUGGCAGAAAGUCAUCAUCUGAGGGCAUCAGCGGCAAAGUAUGGCUCACUCUACCAUGAGCUGGCAGGGAAGUUCUCAGCCCCUGUGUCCAUUCUUUAGGUGUCUUGCAGACAUCUCAGAUCUUAAAGCUGCCCCUGAAAGGAGGUAGGCAGUCUUCUCUGUGACACUGUGUUGGAUUCUCUGGGUCCUCAGAGAGCUGUGAUCUUUCACUACAAAAACAUUUCAGAAGUUAAGGCUUUUGAGGAGUAGAAAACUGCCCACUAAGGGUUUGUCUGUACAUUCUCCCUUUCACCACCUCCAAUUCCAGCCCAGGUGUCUUUCCUGAGCUCUAUAUUGUUUAUCGAGCUGCCUACUGAGAACUUCCACUAGGUUAUCCCACAGCCACUACAAUGUUAACAGGGCCUAAAACCUGCUUCUCCUCAGGCUUGCCCUCACACAGUGCAUGGCAUGACCACAUUCAGACUAGAAAUCUAGAAGUCACCCACGACUUCUCCUUCUAUCUAACCCUUCCCCAAAAGUCAGCUACCAGCUCUUAUUUCUACACCUUCUUUACCCUUCUCCCAAUCUCUACUAUCUUCUUAUCCAUUCUCCAUGUGCUAAACACUGAUCUUUUUGGAAGGCAAGUUUGAUCCUAUGCGUCUGGCUGGGAACAACCAUAAUCGACCUAUUAAUUUUACCCUAGCAAAACCUAGGAUCCCUGAGUCCAGAAUGGACUCUUUGCACCUGAACGGCAGCCAGAAAUAUCCAGAGUAACUUGCAGGGCUCUUGCAUGUGUCACGGGAUUUCAGAGUCUAGCCAGAAUCCCCAGCCCAUAGUUAAGGCAGUUCUUUUUUUCCUCCUCAAAAAAUGGGAGAAUUGGGUAAAUUCUGGAAGCAAAGAGAAGAGUUCUUGGUUCCUUUUUGUCUGGAGAUGAGUUGAUUAAAUAAAACCCCACUGUAGGCCGACCCUAAACUUACUCAGACCAUUAACAUAGGGAACCCAGUAAGUGUUUCCCAGCAGUAACAAGCCUUACCCUUUAUUCAAAUAAGUAAUUUUAAAAUGUCUUGUUGCUGUGUAAUUUCAAAGGACCUCUUCUUGCCUCCCAUUUCUGAUUUUCUAUGUGUGAUGGACUCCUUUCCUCCAAGAUACUGAACAAACUAAAAUUCUAGAGAGUUCAAAAUUAUUUGUAAAUAUUUAUGGAUGUUAAAGCUGAGAGGGAUGAUGGGAGCUAGGGUAGUUUCCACCAUCUCUUGAGUUUUGGGGAAUGUGUUCAGGAAAGGUACCAGACUCCGACAGAGCUUCGUGUGUUUCUCAGAGUGAGAGCCUGGGCCAAUCUGACCAAGGUUGUGUCCUGAAGCAAACUUACCCAUCUCAUUGCCCAAAGAGGCUGCUGAGCACUGAGAGGCUUUAGUCUCUCAGGGACGUCCCCUUUCAAGGAUUAUUCAGUUGAAUGACUCCCUUCCAUCUAACAGUCUAACUCCAAAAGUAUAAAAUUACUAUACAUUGAAAUGUAUGCAAACUAUACGCAAAAAUGAGCAUGGGGAAAUUGAAUGUAAAUUACAUGCAAAUAUUAAUCAACCAAGCUUCUAUAAAAUGUCAUGUACAUGUCAAUAACAGUCAAGGAUUUUAAUUAAUUCUGUCAUUUAAAAUUCAUGCAUUUAUUCCAUAUUUUGUUUCCAGAACUUAUAAUGUAUUGUGUCAAUUUUGAAAGAGCUAUAAGCAGAAGGAAUUACUCUGAUGAGUGUAGAACCAUUGAUUUCAGCUUACACUAUAUCACUGUGACAAAUUACAGUUAUAUUUGAGAGGCAAAUCACAUUUCCGGAACUUAAUAUUUUAAAAAGAGAUAAAACAUUUUUUUAUAAUGUUAAAUGAGGUUUAAAUGGUUGAAUACAUAGAUUUGGGUGUUUACAAGUAUUCUUCUAGCCUUUUUUAUCUUUGGGCCUCAAAAGACUGGGAAUUUCUUUGCUUGGAACAAUUCAAAAAAAGAAUAGAUUCUGCCCAUAAAUCUGGUCUGUUUUGAGACGGAAGAUCUGUUUAACACAUUAUAGGACUUUCUAGAAUUUACUGGGAUUUGAAUUGAUUGCUCUAUAUCAUCCCUCAUUUCAGUCUCAAAAUGACGACUCAUUUAUUAUUAUCACUAUAUCUUUUAACACUUAACAUAGGAUCGACCCUCUCAGAAGAUUGUAUCAAUAGGUACCUAUGCAAUUGUACUAUGCCAUUUUAUGUAAGGGACUUGAGCAUCUGCGAAUUUUGGUAUCUGCAGGGGCUCCUGAAACAAAUCCCCUAUGGAUACCGAGGGACCACUGAGGGUAAUACGGUAUCAUUAGCAGUUGGCACUAUGCUGGAUGGUAGACCUUCAGAACUUAUCUUGCAUAACUGAAACUUUGUGCCCCUUGACCAUCACCUCCCCAUUGCCCCCAGCCUCUGGCAAUCACUAUUCUACUUUCUGCUUCUGAGUAUGACUGUUUUAGAUCCACAUAUAAGCAAGACCAUAUAUUAUUCAUCUAUCUAUGUUGACUUAUUUCACUUAGAUAAUGUUCUUUAGGUCCAUCAGUGUUGUUGCAGACAGCAGGAUUUCCCUCUUCUUUAAGACUGAGUGGUAUUCCACGGUGGGUACUGUUUUAAGUCACUCAGUUGCGGUAAUUUGUUAUGCAGCUAUAGAGACACUCUGGUUUCCCUGAACAAAAGGGGAGUCCAGUCCUCUUGUCUUGUCCUUGCUCCGGUCUCUUGGACAUCUCCUGAUCUCUUUUUCAGUGGGCAUGAAUCACUUCCAGUCCCCCAGAAGCUUAAACCCCUCACUCGACCCGUAGAUUACCCUGUGGGCAUCUGGAUGGCGUCAGUCUCGGUGCCUCUCUGGGUGUCCCACUGGCGCUCACUCCUUCCAGGGUGGAGGAUGCCGGCUCUCAGGUCCUUCAGACACCAUGGAUUUGUUCCCAUCCUGGAACCACAAGAUGGAAACAAGCCACACUGUCCUUGUCUCCGUCUCUCCCUUCUGUCUUCUCAUUUCCCAGUCUGUCCCCCCAACUAGAUUCUGAAAAAAGUUAUUUGCAGCAUCCCCAUCAGUUCCAUGUGUGACAGGAGACUGAUGUCAAGUGAGAAAAUGAAAUGUAAAUUUUAUUAAACACCCCCUCUCCUCUCUGCGUAUCAAUCCAGAUUCCAGCCAAACAUAGCACAUCAAAUCCUGCCUAUGCCCGGCCUCGGGGCACAUGGAAAAUCAUUCUCCUUAAUACCAUUCCCUUCUAGUAAAAUAUUUUUCUGUUUGGUAAAUGAAAAUUGUAAAUGCAAACCCUGUAUUAAUCCUAGUGAAAAGUAUAUCUUCAAAAUGAACAGUUGAAGGAGGGAGCAGAGAAGAGACGAGGGGAGAUUCGGGGGCAAAGGGGAAGAGGAAGGGGAUUGGGAAAACAGAAUUGUAUUUAGCUGUGUCAUGCACAGUCCUGGCUGCUGGCUGUGCAGGGAUGCAUAUCCACAGAAUAAAUGCCGACAUUCUUUGAAAGCUUGGACCAUCCGGACGUUUAUCUACAUGCUGUCCUGUCUCAGAGAUAAUAAAGAUCUUAAAUCUGA